AUGAGCUCUAUAACUUAAAAGAUAAUAUCCAAAUUAGACAUCAGACAAGUAAUGGAAUUUGAAUCUAUAUGUUUAAGUAUUAUUUAAGUGGAUGUAUUGACAUUAUUGUUGUUUAAUAAAGUAAUGGGUCGUUGAAAUCUACUCCAUUUCAUGUUAGAUUUGGAAAAUAUGAUGGUUAAGAUUAUUAGGUUGAUUUAAUUGUUAAUGGAAAUUUGACAAAUGUAAAAAUGAGAUUAGGAAAGGAAGGUGCAGCAUAUUUUGAAAAUAGUUCUUUUUCUUCUGGUUAUUAAUCUGAUGAUUCAUGUUUAGAUAAAAUAAGGUAUAAUUAACUAAAUAGAUAAUAUAGUCAUUUAGAUGAGACAUCCAGCAUUUUUAGAUAAUCAUUGAAUUAUUAGAAACCUGAUGAUCUCUUUAAUAGUGAUAAAAAAAAUAGUAAUUGGCUUUAAACACUAAAAUUUUGGUAAAAAGGAUCCAAUUAAAAAAAGGAGAGUGGAGUUAAGAUAGAAACAAUAAAUAACCUUAAAGAAUUUUAAUAAGAAGAUACGUCAUUUAUAGUAAUAAUAUUAUAAUAAUAUUAGGGAUUAUCAAAAAUAUAAUUAGAUAAAUAAAAUUUAUAAUUCCAGUAAUAAUAAUAAGAGAAAUAGAUAUAAACCUAAGAUUUUGAGAAUAAUAAUAUUGCAUAUAGUGAUAAAGAGACAUUGUCACCACGAUAAUCAGUUAUGGAACUUUCUUUAUGUGGUUAAUAGAUUUAAUAAUAAAAUUUAACAUAAAAUUAAAGAUUAUAAUUGUUUGAAUAACAUAAAGUGCCUUAUACAACAUUUACAAAGGAUUCAUUAAAGAUAAUUAAUAAUAAAGAUUUAGUGUUUAAGAUCGGAGAUAAAUUUUUCAGUAGAGAGGCUGGAUUAAUUUAAUUAUUGGCUAAGUAAGUGUACAAUUAAGAAAUGAUAAUAGAUAGUUUGGAUUAAUAGAAAAAGUAAAACCCUUAAUAAUAAUUAUAAUGGUAUAGUGUUUUAUUUGGUAAAAAGAAAGGAUUAGAUUAAAUUGAAUAGAAUAAUAAUAAUAGUGAAAUAAUAAACAAUAAUGAAUAAACGUAAAAAUAACAUCAAUAAUUUAAAUCAUAAGAUAGACUUAGGAAAAUGAGUGAAGAUUCCAUUGAUACUUAAAGUACAAUUUCUAUAUAAAGAAGAAGGAGAUAAUAGAGACCAAUAUUAAAACCUCAUUCAUCUAUAUUAAAAUAAUUGGGAUUGCGAAAAGGAGAAAAUAAAAUUACUUAUAGAUUGUGUAUACCAAAAAAGAAUGAUAUUGUUGAAUUACAUGGAACUAUUUAUUUGUAUGAUUAAAAAACGAAAUUGGUUAUUUCAGAUAUAGAUGGAACUAUAACUAAAUCAGAUAUAUUAGGUUAAUUAAUGCCAAAAUUAGGAACAGAUUGGAAUCAUGAUGGGGUAGCUAAUUUUUAUUAGAAUAUACAAUCAAUGGGUUAUAAUAUAAUGUAUUUGACUGCUAGAGCAAUAGGUUAAGCAGAUUAAACAAAAGAAUUCAUUUAUAAUUUAUAAUAACAAAGCACUAAAUUACCUAAAGGACCUGUAAUAUUGAGUCCUGAUAGUUUAUUUCCUGCAUUUAAAAGAGAAAUAAUUGACGGAACACCAGAAUUAUUUAAGAUUACUGCUUUAAAAGAAAUAAGAAAUUUAUUCAUCGGAGAAAGUCCUUUCUAUUGUGGAUUUGGAAAUAGAAUUACAGUAUAUUUAAAUAUUAUAUAUUAUUUAGGAUUCUACAGCAUAUUAAGCAGUCAAUGUUGAUAUUAGUAGAAUAUUUAUCAUUGAUCCAAAAAGUGAUAUUCAUAAAUUUGAUACUGAUGAAAAAACUAGCUAUGUAGAAUUAAAUAAGAAUAUUCAGCUUUAUUUCCCUCCUGUAGAUGAAGGAGAGUAUUAAUCUUAAAACUUCUGGAAGAUUCCAAUCCCUGAUUAUUUUGAUAUCAAUUAUUCAUGA